UUGAGCAACACGUCCCACGCGUCGAAAGUCGAAACUACCUCGGCCUGAGAGUGAGGCCCCGUCGAUUGCUCGCAUUCCGAUCCCCAUUCUGCGCCGCCACAUGGCACGGACGGCUCCGGUCGCCGACGCCGACACCAUCGCUGUCCUCGGCGGCGACCUCCUGCGGGAGGUCUUCCUCCACCUCCCCACCCCUGCCGACCUCCUCCGCGCGGCGCUCGCCUGCAAGCCCUUCAUCCACGCCGCCCGCAGCGCCCGCUUCCUCCGCCGCUUCCGCCGCCGCCACCCCUCCGCCUGCCCGCUCCUCCUCGGCUGCUUCGUCCACCGCCCCAGUGAGGACCGCUGCCGCGAAGACCCCAGCCCUCUCCUUCUCCCCGCCCCCCUUCCCGCCGCCGCGCGCCGCGUCGUCGAGGGCGGCGACUUCGCGCUCUCCUUUCUGCCCGACCGCGGCUCGUCGGGCCCCGACCCGUGGAGGGUCUUGGACAGCCGCAGCGGCCGGCCCCUGCUGUGGGAUCGGGCGUCCGCGGAGCAGCCCGUCGCCGAUCCGUGGAAGGUCUUGGACUGCCGCAACGGCCGCCUCCUGCUGCGCAAUCGGGUGUCCGGAGAGCUGGCCGUCGCCGAUCCCUUGACCCGGCGCUGGGCCUCUCUCCCCGCGCCCCCGGCUGAGCGCCCCGUGGGGUACGGCCUCGUCACCGACGACGGCUGCUCGUCGGUGUUCCAGGCGUUCUGCCUUUCAGAAGACGGCGGGGGCUCCUCCGGGCUCCGCGCCCUGGUCCUCUCCUCCAGCGAGCUCCGAUGGGCCGACGCCGCUGUCCUCGCGGGCCAGUACAAUCUCGAGGACUCCCGGGUGAUGCAAGCCAACGGGUCGCUUUACUGGAAGCUCAAGGGCGGGGAGCGCAUGGUUGCGCUCAACACGGCGACGAUGGCGUUCUCCUUGCUGGAGCUCCCGGAUUUCGCGCGGCAGUUCAGCUUCGAUGUCAUUGAGAAGGGGGACGACGAUGCUGGCGGGCUCUACCUGCUCACCAUGCUCGGAUGCUGCAUCGAGGUAUGGGGCGGCUGGGAUGAUGGCAGCGGUGUGCUAACAUGGACACUGGUGGACAAGUCGGUGAGGUUCCAAAGGGCCAUGGCGGAGAUGAUUGGUUCACCACAGUUUUACCGGCAUGGGCUGGUUGUCAUUGCGGUGGUUGCCGGUGUGGUCUUCUUGCGCAAUAAGGAUCGCCUGCUCUCCAUUGAUUUGGAAACUAUGAAGCUGAGGAUGUUGGUUCGGAAAGACGAGUGCCCAUCGGCCCUGAUGUAUCCUUACACGAUGGCGUGGCCGCCUUCAUGCUUGAACCCUACUGAACAAGCUUUUGUGGAGAUAAAAAGAGCAUGCUGAUCACACUCCAAAACUUAUUACUUUGUUCGCAUCUUGGUUGGGUUAAAUCUUCUGAUACGCUGAAUACCCUGAUUCUGCUGCAGAAAUGUGAGGCUCACUACAUCUUAUGAUGAUAAUAAGGUUUUGUGCAGAGGUAACGAAGAGGAAGGAAUUCAAUCAUCCAUACGAUGGUUGCGGCGCAACCAGUUGUGCCUAAAUGUCUGAACCUCGUACGAUGUAAUUAGUUACUUUUAUGUUCUUGGUGUGUGUUUGUGUGGUCACUCUAUAAUCCGACUUCGUAAUCUGGGGAAUGCAGUAUGUAGCACGCUUCCUUCCUGACUGUUGUAUUGUACCAGUUCAUCUGUCUCCUCAAAUUUGUGUGAUACAAUCCUAGUCGAGGUUGGAGUGUGUCUCCUUCGAUACAGAUGCAUGGAUUAUAUCUCAGUGUAAUAAAUGGGCUUACAGAAUCAUGCACAGGUAAUAAACUGAAGACUGAAGAGUAUCAGUUUGUGUC